CGCGUGAUUUUUAAAUUAUUUAAAUACGAAUUUUAAAAUAUUUAUUUCAUUCAUUUAUUUAAAAAUUUAAAAAAGUAACAUUUGUCUGCUACAUUCACACUCAUGAAGAAUUCACUAGUGCCCACUAGUAAAUGGUAAAUUUUUAAAAAAGAGAGAACGCAAUAACAAUAAACAUUUUUUUUUAACUUAACAUCGUGGUAACUCUGACACGACUCCAAUAUGGCGAAUGUGAGGGACAGUGAUACGUCGUUGUGGCUUCAUAACAAAUUGGGAAUAUCAAACGAUAGUUGGACUGGAAGUUCUAUUUGUUCUCAAUUAAACGCUGAAGUUUUACGUAACAUAAAAGAAUGUUUUGCUGAGUUACAAACCCAAGUAAAACUUAAAUUAUUGCUUUCGUUCUUUCACAUACCAAGACGCAAUGUUGAAGAGUGGAGAAAUGAAUUGGAGGAAGUUAUCGAAAUUGCAUCAGUGGACAGUGACUUGUGGGUUUCAAUGUUAUCCGAAGCGAUGAAAACGUUGCCGGCAACUGGAUCAUUGAAUACAGAUAUAUCAGACUUAGAUGAACAUCGUCCUAUAUUUGGUGAACUGGUAAACGAUCUCAGAAAAUUAUUAAAAAAACAAAAUGACUUGACUAUGCUACCAUUGGAAUGUCAUUAUCUAAACAAAACAGCUUUGAUAUCAGUAGUUGGUCAGCAACCAGCGCCAACAAAACAUUUCACAUUAAAAAGAAAACCUAAAAGUGCAGCACUGAGAGCUGAACUGGUACAGAAGAGUGUCGAUGCCGCGAACAACAUGAAAAAAAGUACAGCACCAACGGUCCCAGUGCGCAGUCGAGGAAUGCCACGAAAAAUGACAGACACAACUCCUCUUAAAGGAAUUCCAAGUCGAGUACCAUCAGGUGGAUUCAGAUCUCCAGCAUUGACACCUUCCUCAAUGUACACCAGGACACCUAUCAGCAGUAGAAUCCGCAAAGACGGUGGUAUAAAGCUGCUGGAUAUAAAUGAACAGCCUCUGGGUUACGCGCAGGCUAAAAAACGCAAGCGAAUGCUAGAACUCGAAGAGCAACAGAAAAAAGUUGCAGAGGCACAAACUGCAGCGGUGGCUGCAGCAACUCCAGCACCUGCCGAAGCUCCGACAACGCCAGAGUAUGCUCAGGGUCUUGCUCCAAUAAAUCCACCAGCUACUCCAGCUGCCACUACAGCUACCACUCAAUCUUACGCACCUCCUACUACUCCAGUCACUGUUCCAGCACCAACUACUCCUACCACCCCAACGACUCCAACAAUACCAGCAGCACCCAGCACAAGUGUACCCGUACCAGCUCCACCGACAAUCGUUACCGCAGAAGCGACUCCAGUCAGCGUACAAACUGUCAGACCCGCGCCAACGGUCACACAAAUUCGUAUUCAAACUACAGCACAACCUGCCAAUGCUACUGCUAAUACUAGAAAAGGAUUAUCACUCACUCGAGAACAAAUGUUGGAAGCACAAGAAAUGUUCCGGACAGCAAACAAAGUUACGAGGCCCGAAAAAGCUCUCAUAUUGGGAUUCAUGGCUGGAGCGAGAACAAACCCUUGUCCGAAAUUAGGUAACAUUGUAACCGUGAUGUUGUCCGAAAAUGUUGAAGACGUGGUACAGCCAGACGGCACAACAGUAUCGAUGCUCGUUGAAACUCAUUUCCAAAUGAAUUAUACCAACGGUGAGUGGAAAAGAAUUAAAAAAAAUCGACGUGUUGUUACUGAGGAUUCCGUGAGUUCAAAUACGCCAGCAGCAACUGCCACUGCCGCUUCAAAUUAAUUUUUUAUUUUACCGCUUAAAUUUUUUUGAAUUAAAAAUUCGUACGCGUCGUUUAUAUUUUUGGCUCCAUUUUAAAAAAAGUUUAGAAUUUUUUUCCGACUUUCAAAUUCGUGGCUUAAGUGCCUGGAAUCGUGUCAUUACUUUAUAUAUAUUUUUAAAAAUCUCAUUUGAUUAAAUCGUUUAUUAAAACACGAAUCCGUUGAUAUCGAAGGUAGAUAGGUAAUUAAAAUAUAAUAGUUUAGAAAUAGUUUAUAUUUAAGAUUUAUAAAGCUGAUGAUCUUGAAGAUGUCGCAAUAA